AUGCAACGAACCGUGCCUAUUUCACCGCUGAACCUGUCGAUGCAUGUUGAUGGUCACCGCGGGAUCUACAAAUGUAGUAUCCGAAACGGUGUCGUGUUAGAGUUGGAUACUAUGGUCGAUGGUCCAUUUAUAACGGCUCACAUGGUGCAGGGGAGGGACACUAGACGCAAACCACCAAAAAUAAUUGUUUCUAAAGAAUCUUCAUGGCACCGACAGUGA